ACUGCAUUACUGUGACAUUUUCAUUUUCUUUAUUUUCAUAUUAGAAAUGGGUUUGAGAGGAGAGGAUGAGGAGAAAGGAACGAGGAGAGGUUUAUCCAUCCUCUGCUUCGAGCACUGCGGGAAGAGAAUCUUCUCCUUGAAGAAUAUCCCGGAUGCGUGUCCUGUUUGCAACCUUCUUAUCACUCAGUGUGAUCUAAAAAUCCCUCCCUUUGCUGUUCCUUCUCCUUUCAAGAAAGCAGUUGAUUUCCCCUGUUCUAUAGUUAUCAAACCAACUAAAGGAAACUUCCUGGAUGAUUAUUCCAACAAGAGUAAUCUCCAUAUAGCAGUUACAGACAGCAGUGGAGAGGUUUAUGAAUUUGACAGGCAGGGAUUACACCGGGAUAGAACCUAUGACUGGGAGAACUGUCUAGUUCUAGAUCUAUCCGGAGCAGAUCCUUUAGUUCUAGAGAUGAUACAGGAUCCUGAUUGGGGAGAAUACUGGGAUAUUUGUUUGAACCAAACAGCAGGAUCAGAUGCAUUUACUAGAGAAAACUACCACGAGGACGACAACAAUUGUUUCAAUUUCGUUCUUUCCUUUCUCCUCAGUCUCAACCAGUCUCCUUUCUCAGGUUGGGCAGGAUCUAAAGUAGAUUUCUGUCAGCGUCUAAUUCUUCCUAAAACUGUGAUGGCGGCUAAAUAUAUCAUGCUCUACAGGAAAGUGAAAGAAAGCAGUGGAAUUAUUGUUCAAUAGUUCUCUUGAUUGUGUACAGUGGUACCAAAAUACCGUGGAAGAGGAAGACGACAUUUAAGUAAUCUUAUAUGUUUUCAUGUUCAUUGGACUAUCCAAAAUCCUUACUUUAGUCUAACAGUCGUCUUUCUUUUCCCCACUUCAUAGGUCUCCCAACCAGUUUCCUUAUGUUUAUUUAGAUUAAAAAUAUAUAUUUACUUAUCAAAACACGAUGUCGUUUUCCUGACUAAUAUGGAGUGUUUAUGAAGAAGUAAACGGAAUAAAAUUUUACAAUGUUU